AUGACAGACGCGUUGUUCUCGCUCAAGGGCGAGAUAGCUCUUAUUACCGGCGGCACGAGAGGUAUUGGACAGGCUGUAGCCGUUGGGCUUGCUGAAGCGGGCGCAGAUAUAAUCUUAAUCCAACGAUCUACUGCGUCGACAGAGACUAAGAAUGCCGUCGAAGCCGUCGGCCGUAAAGCCCAUAUCUAUACGGCGGAUCUCGCGAACGCAGAAGACGUAGCAGGCUUGGUCCCGCGGAUUCUAGCGGAUGGACAUACGAUACGCAUCUUGGUAAACUGCGCUGGUAUUCAGAUUCGCCAUGCACCCGAAGCCUUCCCCGACGCCGACUAUCGCGCAGUAAUGGGGGUAAACGCGGACACCGUAUUCACAUUAACACGCGACGCGGGCGCCCAUAUGCUAGGUCUCGAACCCUCCCCAGUCACAGGCCGUCGUGGUAGCAUAAUUAACUUCGCGAGCCUGCUCUCGUUCCAAGGCGGGCUGAAUGUACCCGCGUACGCAGCAAGCAAGGGCGCCGUAACACAGAUGACCAAGGCUUUUGCGAAUUCGUGGACGGAGAAGGGUAUUAAUGUUAAUGCUGUGGCACCUGGGUAUAUCGCGACGGAUAUGAAUACGGCUCUGAUCAACGAUCAAGAGAGAGCGGCAAGCAUUAGCGCAAGGAUUCCGGCUGGGCGUUGGGGAGAUCCGGAUGAUUUCAAGGGGAGCGCUGUGUUUCUAGCUGGUAAAGCGAGUUCGUAUGUGAGUGGACAUACACUGGUUGUUGAUGGCGGAUGGAUGGGACGGUAG